AUGACAGGAAGGAAGUGGGGAUGGCGAUCUGGGGACAAGGUGCUUUGUCCAACACAUUCCCAGCCUGGUGCAAUACCAGCUGGGGAUCCCCCUGCCUACCCCGAGCCUCCCACUGUCCCACCGCCUCCCGCAUCUCUCCUCUCUCCCCAGAACAUCCAGAGUCUGUCCCCUGUGAAGAAGAAGAAGAUGGUGGUACCCGGGGCCCUGGGGGCCCCUGCAGACCUGGCCCCUGUUGACGUCGAAUUCUCCUUUCCCAAGUUCUCCCGUCUACGUCGGGGCCUCAAAGCCGAGGCUGUAGAGGGUCCCGUCCCAGCUGCCCCCACCCGCCGGCGCCUCCAGCUGCCUAGGCUGCGCGUCCGGGAAGUGGCGGAAGAAGCCCAGGUAGCCCGGCUGGCCGCCGCCGCUCCUCCCCCGAGGAAGCCCAAAGUGGAGGCUGAGACGGCGGCAGGAGCCCGCUUCACAGCGCCCCAGGUGGAGCUGGUUGGGCCCCGGCUGCCAGGCGCCGAGGUGGGUGUCCCCCAGGUCUCAGCCCCCAAGGGGCUGGGAGAGGUGGUCCGCCACCUGCCGAGCCUUGGACUAGGAGCCCCAGCCGCACCUGCUGUGGAGCCCGCAGCGCGAGGGAUCCAGGUCCCUCAGGUGGAGCUGCCCGCCUUGCCCUCGCUCCCCGCUCUGCCCACCCUGCCCUGUCUGGAGACCCGGGAAGGGGCUGCAGCGGUGAUGGUGCCCACCCUGGACGUGGCAGCGCCCACCGUAGGGGUGGACCUGGCCUUGCCGGGUGCGGAGGUGGAGGUCCGAGGAGAGGCACCUGAGGUGGCCCUGAAGAUGCCCCGCCUCAGUUUCCCCCGCUUCGGGGCUCGUGCAAAGGAAGUUGCUGAGGCCAAGGUGGCCAAGGUCAGCCCCGAGGCCAGGGCCAAGGGGCCCAGACUUCGAAUGCCCACCUUUGGGCUCUCUCUCCUAGAGCCCCGACCCGCUGCCGCCGAGGCUGCUGUCGAGAGCAAGCUCAAGCUGCCCGCCAUCAAGAUGCCUUCCUUUGGCAUUGGGGUCUCGGCCCCUGAGGUCAAGAUGCCCAAGGGGCCAGAGGUGAAGCUCCCCAAGGCUCCUGAGGUCAAGCUCCCGAAGGUGCCCGAGGCAGCCCUUCCAGCCGUGCAGCUCCCCGAGGUGGAGCUCCCAAAAGUGUCAGAGAUGAAGCUCCCGAAGGUGCCCGAGAUGGCCGUGCCCGAGGUGCGCCUCCCGGAAGUGCAGCUGCCGACGGUCCCCGAGAUGAAGCUCCCUGAGAUGAAGCUCCCGAAGGUGCCCGAGAUGGCCGUGCCCGAGGUGCGCCUCCCGGAAGUGCAGCUGCCGAAGGUCCCCGAGAUGAAGCUCCCGAAGGUGCCCGAGAUGGCCGUGCCCGAGGUGCGCCUCCCGGAGGUGCAGCUGCCCAAGGUCUCAGAGAUGAAAGUGCCGGACAUGAAACUGCCUGAGAUGAAACUCCCUGAGAUAAAACUCCCCAAGGUGCCUGAGAUGGCUGUGCCUGAUGUCCACCUGCCAGAGGUGCAGCUGCCGAAGGUGUCGGAGAUGAGGCUGCCGGAAGUGCAGGUUCCGAAGGUCCCAGAUGUGCAGCUUCCAAAGGCACCCGAGGUGAAGCUGCCCAAGGCUCCGGAGCUGCGGUUAAAAGCCGAGCAGGCAGAGGGGGUGGAAUUUGGCCUCAAAAUGCCCAAGAUGACCAUGCCCAAGCUGGGGAGGGCAGAGUCCCCACCACGAGGCAAGCCGGGCGAGCCAGGGGCUGAGGUCCCCGGGAAGCUGGUGACGCUCCCCUGUCUGCAGCCGGAGGCGGGCACCGAGGCUCGGGUGGGUGUCCCCUCUCUCUCCCUGCCCUCAGUGGAGCUAGACCUGCCACGGGCCCUCAGCCUGGAGGGGCAGGCCCCAGCAGCUGAAGUGGGCAAGGUGGAGCGGGCAGAGGGCCCUCGCGUAGCGACAGGGGUCGGGGAAGUGGCCUUCCGGCUGCCAUCCGUGGAAAUCGUCACCCCACAGCUGCCCACGGUGGAAGUGGAGGAAGGGCAGCUGGAGGCGAUGGAGAUGAAAGGCAAGCCCUCCUCUAAGUUCUCCUUGCCCAAGUUUGGACUCUCAGGGCCCAAAGUGGCCAAGGCGGAGGCUGAGGGGGCUGGGCGAGCCGCCAAGCUGAAGGUGUCCAAGUUCGCCAUCUCGCUCCCCAAGGCCCGAGCGGGGACUGAGGCCGAGGCUAAAGGGGCAGGGGAGGCGGGGCUACUGCCCGCCCUCGAUCUGUCCAUCCCGCAGCUCAGCCUGGAUGCCCAUCUGCCCACGGCCAAGGUGGAUGUGGCCGGGGCUGACGUCAAGCUCAAGGGGCCCAGGUUUGCCCUGCCCAAGUUUGGGGCCAAAGGCCGGGACACGGAGGCGGGAGAACCGGCGUCGGGGGUGGCCGAGUUGGAGGGCAAGGGCUGGGGUUGGGACGGGAAGGUGAAGGUGCCCAAGCUCAAGAUGCCGUCCUUCGGGCUGGCUCGAGGAAAGGAGGCCGAGAUCCAGGGCGGGCGUGGCAGCCCAGGGGAAAAGCCAGAGUCCAUGGUUGGCCAGCUUAAGAUCCCCGACGUGGAGCUGGUCACCCUGGGGGCCCAGGAGGAUGGGGGCGCCGAGGGGGCGGCAGCCGUCAGUGGAGUUCGGCUCUCGGGCCUGCAAGGGUCCACGGCCAGGCAGGCAGCCACCGAGGGACAGGAGGCAGCGCUGAGGAUGCCCCUGGGCAUCUCCUUGCCCCAGGUAGAGCUGCCCAGCUUCGGGGAGGCUGGCCUGGGCGCCACCCCCGGGCAGCAGGUCAAGGGUGCAGCCCCUUUGGCAGAGGGCACAGCAGGCUACAGGGUCCAAGUGCCUCAGGUGACCUUGUCUCUGCCUGGCGCUGGAGCCCAGGUGGCGGGUGGUGAGCUGCUGGUCGGUGAGGGCGUCUUCAAGAUGCCCGCUGUGACGGUGCCCCAGCUCGAGCUGGACGUGGGGCUGAGCCGAGAGGCGCAGGUGGCUGAGGCAGCCACGGGCGAGGGUGGCUUGAGGCUGAAGAUGCCCACCCUGGGGGCCAGGGCCGAAGCCGGGGAAGAGGGGCCCCCAGGGGCCGAGCGCACCUUCCGCCUCUCGCUGCCCGACGUGGAGCUGUCGCCACCUGCUGUGAGCAGCCACGCCGAGUACCAGGUGGCAGAGGGCGAAGGGGAUGCUGGACACAAGCUGAAGGUGCGGUUGCCCCGCUUCGGCCUGGUUCGGGCCAAGGAGGGCGUGGAAGAGGGCGAAAAGACCAAGAGCCCCAAACUCAGGCUGCCCCGAGUGGGCUUCAGCCAGAGCGAGGCUGUGCCUGGGGAAGGCUCCCCCAGCCCGGAGGACGAGGAGGAGGAGGGUGGCGGGGAGGGGGCCCCCGGGCGCCGAGGCAGAGUCCGAGUCCGCCUGCCUCGCGUGGGCCUGGCCGCCCCUUCCAAGGCCUCUCGGGGACAGGAGGGCGACGCAGCCCCCAAGUCCCCCAGCGGGGAGAAGUCACCCAAGUUCCGCUUCCCCCGGGUGUCCCUAAGCCCCAAGGCCCGGAGCGGGAGCGGGGACCAGGAAGAGGGUGGAUUCCGGGUGCGGCUGCCCAGUGUGGGGUUUUCGGAGACGGGGGCUCCAGGCCCUGCCCGGUUGGAGGGGGCUCAGGCUGCUGUCAUCUGAGGGCCCCCCCCCUCCCCGGGGCUGAGGGAGAGUCCCCUCCCAUCUUCCCAACCCCGUCUAGUCCUCGUUUUCUGUGUGACAUAACUAGCACUAACCCCCAGAGGGCCGGGAGGUGGGGACUGACCUGACCGUGAAGAGGCCGGGAGGCAGGACUGCCUGUAUCUUGCCAAGCCAUGUGAAUAAAAUAAUCCAGACGUA